GUCGAAUUUUGUUCGCCUCUAGUCUGGCCGUCAUAUUUCAUACAUAAUACUCCCCCUGUGUCUUUAAUCCUCUAGGACUAUGGGUAACCAGCAGUCCAACAUUGGCGGAGGUCCCGGUGGGGAUGGAAGAGAUGACAAGGACAAGAAGAAGGAUAAGCCCAGAUACGAACCGCCUCCCCCCCCUACCACUCGCCUCGGUCGCAAGAAGCGCAAGGCCGCCGGUCCCAGCACGGCUUCCAAGCUCCCUGACAUCUUCCCGACGUCACGAUGUAAACUACGAUACCUCCGCAUGCAGCGGGUUCACGAUCACCUGCUGCUAGAAGAAGAAUACGUCGAGAACAUGGAGCGUCUGCGCAAGACCAAGGCCCAGGCUGCAUUGGACACCGCCAACCGAAGCGACCUCGAGCUCGCGGACAGAAACGCAGAUGAGAGAAGCCGGGUUGAUGAUAUGAGAGGCAGUCCCAUGGGCGUCGGCAACCUAGAAGAGCUGAUCGACGACGAUCACGCGAUCGUCUCCAGCGCUACUGGCCCCGAGUACUACGUCUCGAUCAUGUCGUUCGUUGACAAGGACCUGCUUGAGCCGGGUGCCAGUAUCCUUCUACACCACAAGUCGGUCUCCGUGGUUGGUGUGUUGACUGAGGAGUCCGAUCCUCUCGUCUCCGUGAUGAAGCUCGACAAGGCACCAACAGAGUCUUACGCAGACAUUGGUGGUCUUGAGACCCAGAUUCAGGAGGUCCGCGAAUCCGUCGAACUUCCGCUGCUCCACCCGGAGUUGUACGAGGAGAUGGGUAUCAAACCGCCUAAAGGUGUUAUCCUGUACGGUGCCCCCGGUACCGGAAAGACCCUGCUGGCCAAGGCUGUCGCCAACCAGACCAGUGCCACUUUUCUUCGAAUCGUUGGCAGUGAGCUUAUUCAGAAGUAUCUUGGAGAUGGUCCUCGCUUGGUUCGACAGAUCUUCCAGGUUGCGGCCGAACAUGCCCCAUCCAUUGUGUUUAUUGAUGAAAUCGAUGCUAUUGGUACGAAGCGUUACGACUCCACAUCCGGCGGUGAGCGAGAAAUCCAGCGUACCAUGCUGGAGUUGCUUAACCAACUGGACGGUUUCGACGACCGCGGUGAUGUCAAGGUGAUCAUGGCCACCAACAAGAUCGAGACCCUGGAUCCCGCUCUGAUCCGUCCGGGACGUAUUGAUCGAAAGAUUCUCUUCGAGAACCCCGACCAAAACACCAAGAAGAAGAUUUUCACCCUGCACACUUCCAAGAUGUCGCUGGGAGAUGACGUCGACUUGGAUGAGUUCAUCAACCAGAAGGAUGAUCUUUCUGGUGCUGAUAUUCGGGCCAUUUGUACUGAGGCCGGUCUCAUGGCUCUGAGAGAACGCCGGAUGAGAGUGCAGAUGGACGACUUCCGCGCCGCCAGGGAGCGCAUCAUGAAGACCAAGCAGGACGGUGGCCCUGUUGAGGGCUUGUACUUGUAGACGUGCAAUGUUGAUGGUGUAUGUAGAUCUAUAUUAGCCUGACAAGUGAUCUUUGG